AUGGAGUUCAUCACCGUCAUUGCCUUCUUUAUCUUUCUCUUCAUGCUAAUCAAGCUUCUGAAAAGAUCGGUAAUGAAAUCAGAUCUGAAGAUGCCUCCAGGCCCAAAACCACUUCCAAUUAUUGGAAACUUGCAUCAGCUCUUUGGCUCUCUAGCACAUCGAACCCUAAGAGAUUUGGCCAUCAGGUAUGGGCCACUGAUGCACCUAAAGCUAGGUGAAGUAUCCACACUGGUGGUAACUUCUCCAGAGGCUGCUGAAGAGUUCAUGAAAACACAUGAUCUCCAAUUUGCCAACAGGCCUCAACUGAUAAGCGUGAGGAUUUUCAAUUACGAUUGCACUAACAUUGCAUUUGCUCCAUUUGGGGAAUACUGGAGACAGCUGCGCAAAAUCUGUGUCAUGGAGCUCUUAAGCACGAAAUGUGUCCUGAGUUUUCGGCCAAUUAGAGAAGAGGAGGUCCUCAAUUUCAUCAGAGAUAUUUCCUCAAAUCAGGGAUCAACAGUUAAUAUUAGCAGAAAAAUCUUCUCGUUUACGUAUGGCCUUGUUGCAAGAGUUGCUUUCGGCAAGAAGAGCAAGUACCAAGAAGAAUUCAUCUCACUCAUGGAGGUAGCUUUAAAGAUGAAUUCAGGUUUUAAUGCAGCGGAUGAGUAUCCUUCAGUCAAAAUCAUUCAAGUGACAAGUGAAAUGAGUCCUAAGUUGAAUAAAAUGCACAGGGCUCUUGACAAAAUCCUUGAAAACAUAGUUGAUGACCAUGCGCAGAAAAGUCGACAAAUAGUUCCUACGGAUGGAGCAACAAAGGAAGAUCUGGUUGAUGUCCUUAUAAACGCCCAAAAAUCCGGUGAUUCUGGGAUCCCCUUGACCAAGAACAAUAUAAAAGCAGUCAUACUGGACAUUUUCAGUGCUAGGAGUGAGACGUCAUCUGCAGUAGUGGAGUGGGCUAUGUCGGAAAUGUUAAAAAAUCCAGGGGUGAUGACAAAGGCACAAGAAGAAGUGAGAAAAGCUUUUGAUGGAAGCGGAAAUGUCCAGGAGUCAGGACUUCAUGAAUUAAAGUACCUGCAAGCAGUGAUCAAAGAAACUUUUAGACUACAUCCCCCUGUUCCACUGUUACUCCCAAGGGAAAGUAGCGAGCAAUGCAACAUUAAUGGAUUUGAAAUACCUGCAAAAACCAGAGUUAUCAUCAAUGCUUGGGCAAUUAGCAGGGAUCCCAGGCACUGGACUGAUGCUGAGAAAUUCAAGCCUGAGAGGUUUCUCUAUUCUACAAUCGAUUACCAGGGGAAAGAUCUCAAAUAUAUCCCAUUUGGCGCUGGAAGAAGGAUAUGUCCAGGCAUAGCACUUGGUCUAACAUCAAUGGAGCUGCUACUUGCACAAUUGCUCUAUCAUUUUGACUGGAAACUUCCAGGAAAACUGAAGAAUGAGCAGCUAGACAUGGCCGAGGCCUUUGGUUUGACUGUCAGGCGAAAAAAUGAUCUGCAGUUGGUUGCAGUUCCCUACAAAACUGGUUCUUUAUUGGCAUAA